GCAGCGAUCAGCAGCGAUCGGCAGCGAUCAGCAGGGACCAGCAGCGAUCAGCAUCGAUCAGCAGGGACCAGCAGGGACCAGCAGCGAUCAGCAUCGAUCCGCAGCGAUCCGCAGCGAUCCGCAGGGACCAGCAGCGCCGUUCCGGGGCCAUGGUGCCCUUGGGCAGCCCCACUCUCGCCGUGUGCGCCUCCAGCAACCUGCGCCUCAUGGCCCCCGGCCGCGGCUCCCCCCUGGCCUGGCUGAACCGGGGUCCCGAGUGCCCGCAGGGCCCGGGGGGCAGCGGGGGCCGCCGAGCCAGCGCGGUGGAGCGGCUGGAGGCCGACAAGGCCAAGUACGUGAAGUCGCAGCAGGUGAUCAGCCGGCGGCAGGAGCCGGCGCUGCGGGGCUCGCCGCGGCUGUCCCCGCACGGGCGGCGCCGGCUGGCCCGGCAGCAGUGCUCCGAGCUGUGCCCGGGCUCCGAGCUGCCGGGCCCGCCGUCCCCCGUGUCCCGCCGCAGCGGCAGCCGGCGCCUGCUGCGACCCGACUCGCUCAUCAUCUACCGGCAGAAGCGGGACUGCCUGGCCGGCGACAAGGAGAACACCAAGGGCUCCGGGCUGGUGCGGCGCCUCUUCCAGGGACCCCUCCGAGCCGCGCCGCCCAGCUCGCCCCCCGCCCGGCCGCUGGGCGAGGGUCCCGGCGCCCCCCCGAGCCCCGAGACCCCCAUGCUGUGGGCGCCAGCCGAGAAGGAGGCGGCGCGGACACCGGGAGGGGACAGCGGCGGUGACAGCGGCGGCGUCUCGGCGGUGCCCGCGGAGCAGCCGCCCGGUGUCCCCGGGAAGGAGCCGCUGGCGCUGCGAGUGUCGCUGCCGCUGUCGGAGCAGGAGCGCUUCUUCAACUACUGCGGGCUGGACCGGGCGCAGGUGGAGCUGCUGGGCCGGGAGCGCUUCGGGCCCGCGGGCUGGGACAGCGCCUCGGCCCGGCCCGGCUCCUGCGACUCCGAGCCCGGGAGAGCCUCGGGGGGCAGCGAGGGGGACGCGGGGCCGGGCACGGAGGAGGAGCCGGACGCGCGGCCGGGCUCCGCCGUGUCGGUGGUGGAACGCAACGCCCGUGUCAUCAAGUGGCUCUACGGCUGCCAGAGAGCCUGGGCGGCUGCCAAGGAGUCCACGGUGUGAACGGGGACCUCACCGGGACCGGGACACCCGCGUGGCUCCCGCUGGCUGCACCGGGCCCCUCGCGGGAUGUGUUUGAGGGGCACCCGUGGCCCCGGUGGCACCCCUGGCCCCGGUGGCACUUGUGGCCCCGGUGGCACUUGUGGCCCUGGUGGCACCCCUGGCCCCGGUGGCACCCCUGGCCCUGGUGGCACCCAUGGCCCUGGUGA